CAGUCUCAGAGCCAGUCCCGGGCAUUACCAGCAAUCAACGAGACAUUUGCGCAAUUUAGCCAGCAUCGUCCGGCAAUUUCGCUGCUCUCCCCGCUGGACCUGUCGCUGCGUGCAGCGGCCAGCAUUGUGCCAAUUACGCCGCCAUCGACACCCUCGCCGCCCCGCAAGCGCCAGAGAUUAAUGUCCGAGGAGAAUUACCUGUGGCGGCCGCACAUGGUGAAUACACCAGCACCAGUAGCAGCAGUUUCUGUCUCAGCUUCAACUCCAGCUACGGCUCCAGCUCUGCCUGCAACCGCUUCUCAUGCCUUACACGGGAUGCAGCCAGCCACGAGUUACUUUCAUCAUCUCCAUCAACAUCAUCAUCAACAGGGGGGUAGCUGCUAUGGCAUACGCGGCUUUGAGGGUGCCUCCAUGCCGUCGUCGUCCUUUAAUAAAAGUCAUUUUCACGAGACAACGAAGAAUAACUUUGAGCAAAUUCCGGCAAGUCAAUCGAGCGCAAGUCAACGCCCCAUGCCCGUUGCCAGCUCGCCCAUCUAUGUGGACGAUGAGGAUGAGACGACCAUCGUGUUGACCGAGGACGAGAAUGAAACAGUUGUCAGUUCCCAUGACUACAAUGAGGAGGCCACCGACACGGAGGAAGUCAACGACGGUGAUGAUGAGACGGUCCAGGUUCAAGUCAGCGAUGAGACCCAAGAAUGUGAGAUUGAUGCUGCUGGCGCGGGUGCUGCUGCUGCUGCUGCUGAAGCUGAUGAUGAGGAAGUCUUUGUGGAUGUCCUGGGAAGUGACGAUGAUGAGACUGUGGACCUGCGCAGCCCCACCUUGAGACUGCAGGCCGAACAUCUCGACCCCAAGGCGCUGAAACGCAACGAGCUGCUGUACGAGGACGAGGAGCUGCACAAUCAGGCCGUGGAUGGUUUGGCUCGAUUGUUUGAAAGGGAUUUCCAGCAGCCAGAGGUGGAGGCGGGCAGAGAAGAGCUAGCCGCAGCUAGGGAAGAACUUCGCGCGGAGAAAACUUACACGGAUCUGAGUUGUGUGGGCGCUGGGGCCGAGCUGCCUGUUGCCCCCUUUCAGCCACCGCAACUGCCUGUCCCGCCAGCUGCAGCUGCAGCAGCUGCUGCUCCCCCCAUGCGGACACACAAGACCGAGCGGAAGAGGGCCAAGCUACGCAAACACACGGCCAUUGAUGAGGAGACCAUAAGCCCGGUGUCCGGCACCAUCAUACGCAAGCUGCGCGACGAUGAGGAGUUGGUCGUGCGCAAAGGUGACAUUGAUCCGGCUUUCAAUGUGGUGGAAAUCACCGAGGAGGCCAAGGCCAUACUGGCCAGCAUCGAUAAUAAGAUUGGCGACUACUUGUGUCAGCUUUGUCGCACCGUCUACGAUGAUGCCUUCAUGCUGGCCCAGCAUCGCUGUCCCCGCAUCGUACACAUCGAGUACAAGUGCUCCGAAUGCGAAAAGGUUUUUAAUUGCCCCGCAAACUUGGCCUCCCAUCGCCGCUGGCAUAAGCCCAAGGCGGAAGCGGCUGCUGGCACGGUCAAUCCCGCCAAGAAGCGGCUGGGCAGCCUCAGCGAAACAGCUACAGAAAUCAAUCAGGAGUCGGCCAGAGCCAAUGAUGAGGCAAGUGAUGGCAUUUAUCCGUGUCAUCUAUGCGGCAAGACCUUCCGACGCCAUGCCUAUCUAAAGAAACAUCAGGCCUCCCACCAGAUGCUGGAGAAUCUCAAGAACUUGGACUUCUUCAAGGCCCAACAACAGCAGCAACAGCAGCAGCAGCAUCCACAUCCACAUCCCCUGCCGGAGCAUCCACAAUUGCAACAAUCGUCGGCCCAUGGCCCAGCUACUGCCACAACCUAUGGCACAUUGCCACGCCCACCGCAUGGAAUACCCCUUUAUCCGCCGGCAGCGGCCAAGAGCUAUGUGGGUGGACAACGCUUUCCCGGCUUUCCCUUCCAGCCCUUCGAUCAGCGGCGCUUCUACUCUCUGGGCGAGUUCUAUUUGUCGCAGCAUUUGGAGCGCUCCUCGGCCUUUCAGUAUGUCCAGGCGAAUCAUCUGCGGCAACUGUCGAAUGUGGCACAAAAUCUGCUGCCACCGCUGCCCGUCAAAUGACCCAACACCAGCACGAAUGUACUGCGGCCCGUGCCCCGCAUAGCCGCCACAGCCACAGCAAGCGCGACGGUACCAGCCACGCUGACGAGGCAGAGCCAGUUGGAGACUUCAGCGGCGGCACCCGCAGCUGGGCAUGCCUUCAAUUGGGUGGCACCAUCAACGGCAGCGGUGGGGGGUGGGGUGUUGCCGGCCAUCGAGUCCGGCGGCAACGUUAUUAUGUGACUUACAAACCAUUAGAAGCAUUCAAUAAACGAUCUCUAGUUAAA